UAUAUCGAAAACGAAUAUGAUCUACCUCCGUCUGUGAGUACUGCCGUGCUAUGACUGUGUCGUGAAAAGUUUAUACAUUGUCAUCCUGUCGUUUGUGAGCGCCACGUCGUCUAUAUUCAAAAAGGUAUUUCUUGAAGCAGCAAGCCGCCCACCAUCAUGGAGGAGGGACAAGGUGGCAAGGACGUUACUGUUGCCGAGGAUCUCGUCAUUGACAUUGUUGACACCGACAAGCCGCUCUCCACUCCACAGGCAGCGCAACGCGACACCGCCGGCGAAUCACUCAACGCUCAAGCCAAGGAGGAGCAAGUUCUAAGGGAUGGAGAUGCCCACAUACUGCGUCUCCUGGAGCACCAGGUGUCGGAUACGGUGGGACUGGACUCUGAGAUCGACUACAAGACCUUCAAGAAGAUCCUCAGGGUCAAAGACUCGUUUUUUGGAGAGAGGUAUUUCAAGCUGUUCGACACAAACAAGAGCGACACUAUCGAGGUAUCCGAACUACUUGCGUCAGUGAGGAAGCUCACACAGGCUACAUCAACAGAGAAACUCAACUUCCUCUUCCAAGUGUACGACCAGAACGGUGACGGUUAUAUCGACAUCGAGGAGUUACAGACGGCGUUACGGUCGUGCAUGGUGGAGAGUUCGGUGAAGCUUGGGGAGGAGGAACUGGACAUGCUGACUCAGGCAUUAUUUGAAGAAGCAGAUGAAGACAACAGUGGACAGAUUACCAUUGACGAAUUGUCGGCGGUGAUUCAGAAAAACCCUGGAGUAAAAGAGAAUCUAUGUGUGGGUAUAGAACAAUGGCUUAAGCCUCCCACUAAAGCCAAGAAGAAGGGCAGUCGGUAUCUCACUAAAGCCUACAUCUUCAACAACCUCCGGAAGAUAGCUUUCUUUGCCUUCCUAAUCCUCCUCAACUGCAUCCUGUUUGCCGUGGGCUGCUGGAACUAUCGCACAUCCAACUGGUGCAUCAUAGUAGCCAGAGGGUGCGGCCUCUGUCUCAACUUCGACUGCACCUUCAUCGUUGUCCUCAUGCUGCGGAAGUGCAUUACCUGGCUGCGUGCGACGCCGGUUAGUCACGUGCUUCCGCUGGACCAACAUAUCAUGUUCCACAAGUUGACAGGCAUCUUGAUAUUGCUGUUUACUAUUCUGCAUACUGGAAUGCAUAUCGGAAACGCAAUCUUGGUAGCCGAGAGUCAGUACAACCUCACCGUGCCUGCCUUCAUCUUCACCACACAGGCAAACAUCGGCUGGGUGGCCGGCUUCGCUCCCCUCUCUGGCGUUCUGCUCGUCGUCGUCUUCGUUGUCAUGUUCAUCUGCUCCAUGCCCUUCGUCAGGAGGAGUGGAUGUUUUGAGGUGUUCUACUGGACACAUAUGCUGUAUGUUCCCUUUUGGCUGCUACUGAUCCUGCACGGACGCUAUUUCUGGAUGUGGUUCAUCGCCCCCGGAUUGAUGUUCCUCUUGGAGAAACUGUUUCGCUCCAAACUGAUCAAGAGGAUGAGAUAUGGAAACAGCUUCAUCUUAGAGGUCAACCUGCUGCCCUCGGAGGUGACGCACCUUGUUAUCUCCAAGCCACCGAACAUGAGGUUCCAGCCAGGAGAUUAUCUCUUCAUCCAGAUACCGGACAUCGCCAACUCAGAAUGGCAUCCAUUCACCAUCAGCAGUGCCCCGGAGUUGGAAGAUCGCCUGUGGCUGCAUGUACGCUCAGCCGGACAUUGGACAAAGAAACUGUAUGAGUAUUUCAACACAUACGAGGCAAAGAACUUGAUGAAACCACACGCACAUGUUAACAAAGCCUUUCAGGCGACAUCUGACGCCAACCGCCAGCUAGACACUUCCGUCAGCAUCCGGUCCGUUCAGCUCAUUGCAGAUUUCGCCAAGUCAAGAAAAUCUAAAAAAUCUUUCAAGUCACGGAAAUCAACCUACAAAAGAAAAGCUGAGACCCAUAAAAUUGUCAACAUCCAGUGCUAUAUAGACGGACCAUACGGUACGUCUUCGCGAGAUAUAUUUGAGACGGAGCACGCUGUUCUGAUUGGUUCCGGUAUCGGCGUGACUCCCUACGCCUCCAUCCUACAGAGCAUCAUGUACAGGUUCAAGGCCUACAAGAGAUGCUGCCCCAAUUGUACCCAUGCCUGGUAUGAUGAAGUGCCACAACACGUCAUGAACCUCAAGAAGGUCGACUUCAUCUGGAUCAACCGCGAUCAGAAAGCCUUCGAGUGGUUCGUCAGCCUCCUCACUCAGUUAGAAAUGGAACAGACUAUGGAAGGCGGGCUGGGCAACUUCAUCGAGAUGCACAUGUACAUGACUGCAGCACUUAACAAGACGGACCUGAAAGGAAUCGGUUUACAGAUGGCCCUGGACCUCAUCCAUAAGAAACAAGACAAGGACCUGCUGACGGGACUGAAGACCCGCACACAGCCAGGGAGGCCAGACUUCAAGAAGCUCUUCACCAAGAUCGCUGCAGAGAAAAGGGGAAAUGUGAAAGUCUUCUUCUGCGGUAAUCCGAUGUUGGGGAAGACAAUAAAACAGCAUUGUGAAUCCUUCGGCUUCAGCUUCUGCAAGGAGAACUUCUAGUCGUCCUCCGAGACGUAGCGCCUUUGUACUUCCUCGUCUGUAUAUAGUUACGUAUUCGCCAAACUCUUGCUACAAACUUAAUCUCAUUCUGCUGGAACUUGCUGUGAUAUACUUG